UCGUAUAUAGGUCUUUUUACAAUCUUCUAGCACGAAGUGGUAGCCGCUGUAGCUAGAAAGUGUACACAUCACGCUAACGGUAGCUAGCUACUCUGCUGUAUCUGAUACCGCUGUCUGUCUGUCGAUUUCAAGUUAGCGUACCUUUUUUUUUUUAAAAAGAUUUUCUAUUUCUUCUUUGGUAACCUACCAAAAUACAAAACUGAAGUUCUUUUAGUAAAGCACCGUUUUCCCCACCCUUCCCUAUUAUCAUUAUUCUUUUAAAGAUUCAUCGUUGUCAAGCCGCCAAAGUGGAGAGUGUGAUUGCAGAAGGGGGUGCUUCUCGUUUCAGAUUAAGACCGUGGAUAUUAUGCAACAAGAAUGGCUUCAACAAUGCAAAAACAAGGAAAAUGCUUCUUCGGGGGGAGGAGGUGUUAGGGGUGCACCUCAGCACUAUCCCAAGUCUGUCGGCAACAGCGAGUUCCUGGGGAAAACCCCAGGGCACAGCGCUCCGAGAUGGGUUCCUUCACGAAGCACUAGACGAGAUGCCAACUCCAGCAAUGAGAAAGAGCGACAUGAUGCAAUCUUCAGAAAAGUGAGAGGCAUACUCAACAAGCUCACGCCUGAGAAGUUUGACAAGCUAUGCCUUGAGCUCCUGAAUGUGGGCGUAGAUACAAAACUCGUCCUGAAGGCGAUCAUCUUGCUGAUUGUAGACAAAGCCCUAGAAGAGCCAAAGUACAGCUCGCUCUAUGCUCAGCUAUGCUUGCGUUUGGCAGAGGAUGCACCGAACUUUGAUGGCCCUUCACCUGAGAUCCAAACAUCCCAAAAGCAGAGCACUACCUUCAGAAGACUUCUUAUUUCCAAGCUUCAAGAUGAAUUUGAAAACCGCAGCAGAAAUGUUGAGAUCUAUGACAAACACGACAACCCGCUCACUUCUGAGGAGGAGGAGCAGCGGGCCAUUGCCAAGAUCAAGAUGCUCGGCAAUAUUAAAUUCAUCUCGGAACUUGGCAAACUCGACCUCAUCCAUGAAUCUAUCCUUCAUAAGUGCAUCAAAACACUUUUGGAAAAGAAGAAGAGAGUCCAGCUCAAGGAUAUGGGGGAGGAUCUGGAGUGCCUCUGUCAGAUAAUGAGAACCGUGGGGCCUAGACUUGACCAUGAAAAAGCUAGGUCUUUAAUGGACCAGUACUUCGGCCGUAUGCUAUCCUUAAUGAACAACAAGGAGUUGCCUGCCAGGAUCCGCUUCCUGCUACAGGACACAGUGGAGCUGCGAGACAACAACUGGGUUCCCCGCAAAGCUUUCAUUGACAACGGGCCGAAGACCAUCAACCAGAUCCGCCAGGAGGCGGUGAAGGAUCUGGGUGUGUUCAUCCCAGCGACCAUGGCUCAGGGGAUGAGGAUGGACUUUUUCCUCGAAGGCGCCUUCAUGCCCAACCGGAUGAAGAUGGAGACCCUGGGGGGGUUGGCUGACAUGUUCGGACAAAUGCCAGGUGGUGGGAUCGGCACUGGCCCAGGGGUCAUCCAGGACCGGUUCUCUCCCACUCUGGGGCGCCAUCGCUCCAACCCGCUGUUCAACGUCAACGGACAUGGCGGCCACAACGCAGCACCCCCGCCUCAGUCUCCGUUCGAAAUGGGCGCCGGCAAGCCUUUCAUCAAGUCAAACCAGGUGCCGAAUCAGCAUUUUCAGAACCAGAACCACCAGGGUCAGCAGCAGCAGGUCCAGUCCAGCAAGGACAUGCCUCCACGCUUCAGCAAGAAGGGACAGCUCAACCUAGAUGAGAUCAGCCUGCGACCGGCUCAGUCGUUCCUCCUGAAUAAGAACCAGGUACCCAAGCUGCAGCCCCACAUCCCCACCAUGAUCCCCCCCAGCGCCCAGCCCCCGCGUACCAACACCCCUCCCCUGGGGCAGUCUCCACAGCUCGGCCUCAAAAGCAACCCUCUCCCCAUUCAGGAGAAACCUCAAAAGACCAGCAAAAAACCACCGCCGGCUAAAGAAGAGCUGCUUAAAAUAACGGAGACUGUUGUAACGGAGUACCUGAACAGUAAGAACGUUGAAGAAGCUGUGACCAGCGUCAGAGACAUGAAGGCUCCCAGGCACUUCCUGCCGGAGAUGCUGAGUAAGAUCAUCGUCGUGUCUCUGGACCGGUCCGACGAGGACAGGGAGCACGCCAGCACGCUCAUCCAUACGCUACGCACAGAAGGCCUUGUCGCCGGAGAGAACUUCAUGCAGGCUUUCCUUAAUGUGCUAGACCAGUGCCCUAAGAUCGAAGUGGACGUUCCCUUGGUCAAGUCCUACCUGGCCCAGUUUGCAGCACGGGCCGUUAUAUCUGAGCUGGUGAGCGUGGCCGAGCUGGCCCACCCUCUGGAGAAUGGAACCCACUUCCCCCUCUUCCUGCUCUGCCUACAGCAGACCGCCAAGCUGAAAGACAAGGAGUGGCUCACUGACCUCUUCCAACAGAGCAAGGUCAACAUGCAGAAGAUGCUACCCGAGAUUGACCAGAACAAGGACCGGAUGUUGGAGAUCCUGGAGGGUAAGGGCCUGAGUUUCCUGUUCCCCUUGCUGAAGUUGGAGAAAGACCUGCUCCUGCAGAUAAAGGCAGACCCAUCACCUCAGGCCAUCUACAAGUGGAUCAAAGAUAACAUCUCCCCCAAGCUCCACACAGACAAGGGCUUUGUCAAUAUCCUCAUGACCAGCUUCCUGCAGUACAUCUCUGGGGAGCUGGGUUGUGUGGAGAAGGACGAAGAGGGCAGUGGUGGGGAGGAGCAGGCAACAGGACCCUCCAAGGAGCAGCUGGACCAAGAGAAGCAGCUGCUGCUGGCCUUCAAACCAGUGAUGCAGAAGUUCCUGCAUGACCAGCCCCAGCUGCAGGUCAGUGCCCUGUACGCCCUGCAGGUGCACUGCAACAGCUAUCACUUCCCCAAAGGCAUGCUGCUUCGCUACUUUGUUCACUUUUACGACAUGGAGAUCAUUGAAGAAGAAGCCUUCCUUGCAUGGAAAGAAGAUAUUACCCAAGAAUUCCCUGGAAAAGGAAAAGCUUUAUUCCAGGUAAACCAGUGGCUAACCUGGCUGGAAACCGCUGAAGAAGAAGAAUCAGAAGAAGAGGCCGACUGAGAUAUCUACCAUCUAAAACUGUCAGGCUCCAUAGAGUAGAGAAACAUACCUUGACAAACAGUACAGCCAGUUAUCUAUUACCACCACCCUCGCCACUUAUUGAACUGGCAUCUAACCACUGCCAGAGAUCGCUGCCAGAGACCGCUUAUGUCCUGCUAUAUUAUGUCAAGCAUGUUAUCAGGGCAUGGUAGAUAAACCAUCUGUCUUCUAUACCGGCUACUGAAGCCUUCUGUAUUAUAGGCUGAGAAGUACCUUUUUGUUUUAUGGUUACAUAUUUUUUUUUUGGUUUCUUGUCCUGUUUCUGCAGUAUGAAUUUAAUGUAGGUUUAUGGACUGGCUCAAAGUACUUCAAGUACUUGUUGUUUUGUGCUCACUGUAACAAUGUAGUCAGUUUUGCUGUAUUUACUCACUGUGAGUGACACAAGUAUUGCCGUUCCACUCUUAUUUAUCCCAUUUGAAGAAAUGGCUUGAAUUUUGAGACCCUUAUUAACCCUCAAUAUUUUUUGGAAAGGCCAUCCAAAAGAUUUCCAAUAGUCAUCAUAAUCUAAAUGGACUUUGUGCUUGGUCUGGACAAGCUUUUCUGAAGUUUAUUCUGUUUUAUUUUUAAACCAAAGUGCUCUUCAAUGCCCUGUCGCGGAUGUGGAGCAUGUUACAUUUAGUGUAUGAGUGCUCUAUUCCUUCCAUGCAAGGCUAUAGACUUAAGAUUCACACCAGAGCCAUCUAUUGAGAGAGUUUGGCCAGGUUUUACAACGGCCGCCAUGUUAGCACCUUUUAUUCUCAGUAUUUCUAAACACAAUAAAAUGAGAGCGUCUCUAGAAUUCCCUAUAAAACGACCUGCUGUGAACAAGCCAAUCUGAGAAGUGAAAUUGAAGGCAUCUUCAUUGAUUCACCUUUAUGAUCAUGUUUCCAAGUUUGUACAAUGUUGUGGUUUUAACCAAAUUGCCUGUAUGCUCUUCAUCAGAUAUCUUAGUCAGUUUUGAAACCGAUCAGGAGUAGCCGAUACAAUGCGGUAGUGUCAGUUAUCAGUAGCUAAGGAAGAGGGACGCUCUCCACGUUCAGGCAGAAGCCGCAUUGGCCAAACUCUCUAUAAAUGACACACUGGUACCGGAGCGGUUGCAAUACUCUGUCAUACUUCAAUUAGAUAGAAUCGUAUAAACUGUACGUCAAUGAUAGGUGUGGCUGCUGUGACGUUUCAAAAAAGCUGCCCGUGUUUCUACCUCUUAGUUAGAUGGUCUUUGUGUUCUGCUGAGGUACAGAAGAUCGCCUUUAGAGGAAGACAUUCUAGAAAGCCCAAUGCAGUAGUCUGCUUGAAAAAUCCUGGUCUACUUGCACAAUGCAAACCCUCAGUUGGACUUCCCAUGAAGCUCCUUUUUAUGUGGUUAACGAGUGUUAAAGACAAAACAAAAACUACACAAAACAUUGCAUUGAUAAGUCAUUUGUUGACUACCUUUAUGUCUGUACCUGACUAAAGGCAGAGUUCAGGAAUAUCUCCCCUGCAUAUUGAAUUUGUUAGUCUAUACAAUUUGUAACCAAGUUAAUUUUAUCCUGACUUAAUCAGCUAAUAAACGUUUAUGAAUUAAAGUAAUCUUGAAAUCAUCCCUUUGUAUAAUGGAAAAAUGGCUUGGCAGAGUGCUAACAAGUCUUUAUAAUGAAAUAAAGUGUUAACUUUGCCAGACUAGCCGAUGUGCUCUCAAGCCGUUUGUAUUUAGAAAACAAUGGAUUCUAAAUCAUGUUGUAAGGUUGUAUUCAAGUGAGGAGUGUUGUGCAGCGAUAUUGCAUAACCGUCAAUAAACAAAACUACUUGAGCACUGGAAA